AUGACCUAGAUGCAGAUGACCUCCAGCUGGACCUUGAGGAAUCAAAGCUGCACCCCACUAUUCAGUGCACACCAAGCCCCGGUCCCUUCAAGCCUUGCGAUCAGCUGUUUGAGAGUUGGGUCAUCCGCCUUGGAGUGUGGAUCAUCGUGCUGGUCUCGGUGCUGUGCAAUGGGCUGGUCAUCCUGGCUGUCUUUGCCUCUCCCAGCUACCUCUCUCCGGUCAAGUUCAUCAUUGGCUCCAUUGCUGGGGCCAACAUGCUGACUGGCAUCUCCUGCAGCAUGUUGGCCCUCGUGGACGCCCUCACCUACGGCCACUUUGCCACGUACGGCGCCCGAUGGGAGACAGGUGCAGGCUGCAGGGUCACAGGGUUCCUGGCCGUGUUUGCCUCCCAGGCUGCCAUCUUUCUGCUCACCUUGGCUGCUGUACAGUGCAGCAUCUUGGCCUCCUGUGUGAGGGGCUACGGCAAGUCAUCCUCCCUAGGCAAGGUCAAGGCUGCUGCCUGUUGCUGCCUGUUGCUGUCCUCCAUGGCUGCCGUUCUGCCUCUCUUCUCCAUUGGGGAAUAUGGAGCAUCCCCUCUCUGCCUCCCAUAUCCCAUCCCAGAUGGGAAACCUGCCACCCUGGGCUUCACUGUGGCCUUGGUGAUGACAAACAUGCUCUGCUUCCUGACUAUCACCGGCACCUACAUCCGACUCUACUGCAACCUGCUGAAGGGGGAGUUCAGCGCUGUCUGGGACUGCGCCAUGGUCAAGCAUGUGGCCUGGCUGAUCUUCACCAACUGCCUCCUCUACUGCCCAGUGGCCUUCCUCACCUUCUCCUCUACCCUCAACCUCUUCCUUAUCACCCCAGAGGUCAUCAAAUCCGUCCUCCUCGUGGUCCUGCCCCUCCCUGCCUGCCUGAAUCCCUUGCUCUAUCUGCUCUUCAACCCCCACUUCAGAGAUGACCUUCGCCUGCUGAGGCAGAAGGGACAGGACAAGGGGAGCUUCCCCCAGUCCUGCGGGGCUGAUGACAUGGAAAAAAGUUCCUAUGACUCUACGCAAGCUCUGGUGAGCUUUUCUGACAUCGACCACAUGUUUGAGACACCUGACUCCCUGGGAGUGCACCCCAUCCUCGACAGCUACAGCUUCCCCUCCAUGACGCUCAUCCCCUGCCAGCAGCGGGUGGGCACCAGGGGGAAGGAGAGGAGCUUCUCCGAGCAUUGCCCCUGCCUCAAUGACAGUGAGGUGCUGAUCACUUCAGAGAGCCGAGAUCUGUCCAGCAGCAGCCUGAGGAUAACCUUCUUCCCCUCCCCACCCACACCACCCUACACAUCUCACUUAUAA